AUGACACACUCCAGUACCAGUGGAAGCAAACCAAAGGAGCCAAGCAACAGUCUCAUGACUGUUGACUAUGUCCAGGCCCAGCGCCGUAAAAUUGAACGAGAGUUGGAGAUUCUGAUUGCGCUUCAAGCUCAGAUUCAUGAUGACCAUGAGAUUCCUGCUCCUACUCCCAUUGCCCCCGGAGCCAUCAGGACUUCCCAGCAGCAGUCAGUCUCUUGGCCUCACAUGAACGAGUCUCUUCAGGUUGUGGAGGAACCGUCCAUCUCCUCAGCCUCUUCAGAGACUUCCUCCUUUUCCGUGGUCCAGGAGCCAGUGAGAGGGUCAGCCAGUGUUGUGUCUCUUGAUUCCUCAGAGGACCAGUGUGUUCUCUCCAGCCGAUUGUGCGCAGUCCUACCGGACCUUGAUAUGACCAAUGAAGCUCUUCCGGAUCUGGACAAUGAAGUGCCAGUCAUGUCCGCUGCACAAACUAAGCCCACCCGCAAACGCAAGGCCAAGUCUUCUUCCUCCACUGGACAACGCAAGUUGGGCCGUCCGUCUGCCUUCCCCCAGAAACUCUACCGCAUGCUCAUGGACAUUCAAACGAAUGGCAGCUCUCUGCAAGACAUUGUGGCCUUCUCACCCGAGGGAAACUCGUUCCACAUCUACCACAACGAUGCCUUCGUCGAACAAAUCCUGCCCAAGUACUUCAAAAUGUCCUCCUUUAGCAGCUUCCAAAGACAGCUUCAGUUGUACAGCUUUAAGCGAAUCAGCAAGGGCGGAGCUUACUUCCACCCUAUGUUUCACAGGGAAAACCCGGACACUGUUGGUAGGAUGGUCCGAAAGCAAUCCAAGCCAUCCAACUUUCUUCUCGCAGUUGCCGCGAAGACUGCCUAA